UCCAGACCGGCGGGCAGGGCCUGCGGCGGUCGCGGCCCGGAGUAAAGCCAACUGCCAAUCGCCUGCCCGAGACUGCAGCGUACCACUGCCUGCACUAGCAAUUGCCUUUAACUCCUAGGUCACACUGUCUUCUGCAUUAAGCUACCAGAAUGUCCACGGAUGGUGGCUUUGGCACAGCUAGCAAUAGCGAUGCCCAGCAAAGCCUCCAGUCCUUCUGGCCACGAGUCAUGGAGGAGAUACGCAAUCUCACAGUGAAAGACUUCAGAGUUCAAGAACUCCCUCUGGCUCGUAUUAAGAAGAUAAUGAAACUAGAUGAAGAUGUGAAGAUGAUUAGUGCAGAAGCUCCUGUGUUGUUCGCCAAGGCAGCCCAGAUAUUCAUAACAGAAUUGACUUUGCGAGCAUGGAUACACACAGAAGAUAACAAGCGCAGGACUCUGCAGAGGAAUGACAUUGCCAUGGCAAUUACAAAGUUUGAUCAAUUUGACUUUCUUAUCGAUAUUGUUCCAAGAGAUGAAUUGAAGCCUCCAAAGCGGCAGGAAGAGGUGCGUCAGGCUGUGACCCCAGCUGAGCCUGUACAGUAUUAUUUCACGCUCGCUCAGCAGCCUGCUGCGGUGCAGGUUCAGGGGCAACAGCAAGGACAACAGACCACCACGUCUACAACUACUAUCCAGCCAGGACAGAUCAUCAUCGCCCAGCCUCAGCAAGGGCAGAGCACCCCUGUGACGAUGCAGGUUGGAGAAGGCCAGCAGGUACAGAUAGUGCAGGCGCAGCCACAAGGACAGACCCAGCAGGCUCAGAGUGGAACUGGGCAGACCAUGCAAGUCAUGCAGCAGAUCAUCACCAAUACAGGAGAAAUCCAGCAAAUACCGGUUCAGUUGAAUGCUGGCCAGCUGCAGUAUAUCCGCUUAGCCCAACCUGUGUCAGGCACCCAGGUAGUCCAGGGGCAGAUCCAGACGCUUGCAACCAAUGCACAGCAGAUAACGCAGACAGAAGUCCAGCAAGGACAGCAGCAGUUCAGCCAGUUCACAGACGGACAGCAACUUUAUCAGAUCCAGCAAGUGACCAUGCCUGCAGGCCAGGACAUCACCCAGCCCAUGUUCAUUCAGUCCACCAACCAGACCUCAGACGGCCAAGCCACGCAAGUGACGGGGGACUGAACGGGGACGUUGGAGCAAGUCUUCUCUCUGCGUGGAAACGAGCGCGUACCAGCUUGACGUCUGCCAUACCGACCUGGUCUGAUGAACACAUCUGCUUUUGUGUAUCUGUACUUGGUAUUAAGCCUAUAGUAGGCUGCAGUCUCCGGUGCACUAUACACCUUCCUCUGGUGGGUAUGAGAGAAUAUCCAACAGACACUGACAAGAAUGCAAUAUUUUUAUUUUUAGAAAUCAAUAUUUCGGUGUAUUCAGCUGCUUGUUCAAACGCGUAAAACUGAAAGAGAACUUAAGCAAAAGGAAUUUGUAGCAUCUCAUUGAACAAUGUGUAAAACUUUUUUUAUCUAGUAAAAUUAUUAAAGGGUACUGCAUCUGGUUUGUCGUAAGAGCUUUA